GGGAGGCAGGUAAAGAUAUACUUACAAUAACAUGGCUGAUAUUUGCUGGGCUCUAUCAGAGACAUCAUAGGGCGCCAAGGGGCACAGAGAAAGCGCUUCUAACCUGGGCAUUUUGCCGUUCUAGGGUUGCUACUCCAGUACUUUCGAAAGUCAGGGAAAUGGGCAGAGGGAGAUGGCUGAGAACAGCGGCAAACAGGGAAGGUAUGUGGGUAUAGAGUUGUCAGAGCCUCUAGUUUUGUUUUGCUUUUGUUUUCCUUUUUUUUUUUUUUUUUUUUUUUGGAAAAGCCACAAAUCUGAAUUUUUAUGUGAGCUCUCUUGAGUUUUAAGUGCUGUAAACGAAUCCAAAUUUUCAAAUGUGGGAGGCCAAACACAACACCCCUGCAGGACAAUUUGGCCUUGGCCUACCAGCUUGCGAGGCAUUCUGCCAACCAGCCAUCCCUCCUCAGACCAAAGACCUGAGGGUCCACUCUUUCAGGCUCUGGGAAAUCUAGCAAUGAGCGAGCCAGACAACUUUCUUGCAUUGUGGUGGUGCCUGGUACCGUGCUUCUCAAACAUCAGGAUGUGUGGGAAUCACCUGGCAUUCACACUGAAAGGCAGCUUUCUCACUCGGGAGGUCUGGGGUAAGUAAGGCCUGAAAUUUUCUUUCUAACAAGCUCCCAGGUGAUGGUGAUGCUGGUGAUCCCUGAACCAUAUAUGCUUUGAGUAGAGUUGCUCUAUAUUCCGGAGGAGUUUAGGAGCAGCUGGCAAGCACCGUGUUUUUACUUGAGUUUUAGUUUAUUGGGGUGUCUUGGAGCUGAGGACAUCAGAGGCAAAUGCUUAAGGCUGCGCCGCCAGGUCUCUAUUCUCAGAGGUUAUAAUCUAGAAGGCAGGUGGGGGUGGAGGAAAGUGUUAGGAAAAGCUUCCUGGAGGAGGUGCAUGGGAACUGCAGGAACCUCCCUGGCCGUCGAGAAAGGGAGAAGCCCUGAACUCCCCCUCUCCUCGGGCUGGGUCUCUGCAUCCCCACGCCGUGUACGGUUUCCCAGGCAUCCCACGUGUCUGCGGCCAGCGAGUGCCUGUCAAUCAAGUUUCUCUCCUACCCGGGGCUGGGUAGGGUUUAAAGGCAGCAGCGGUGCAGAGCGUUCCCAUCGUGCCGCGCGGCGGGCGGGUUUGGAUUUUAAAUCCCCGCGGCCAAUCAGUGGCGCGCAGGCUCUUGUAACGUUCCCGGCGCCGCGUUUGAAUUCGAGGAGGAGCGAAGCGGUGCCAGGUCUCUGCCCAGACUCUGCUAGGUUUGCGGAGCAACUCCGGGAACAUGAGUGCGGCGGCAACUGCAGGGAAGCUGGCGCGGGCACCAGCCGACCCAGGGAAAGCCGGGGGCCCCGGAGUUGCAGCUCCCGGGGCUCCAGCGGCCGCUCCGCCGGCGAAAGAGAUCCCUGAGGUCCUAGUGGACCCGCGCAGCCGGCGGCGCUACCUGCGGGGACGCUUUCUGGGGAAGGGCGGCUUUGCUAAGUGCUUCGAGAUCUCGGACGCCGACACUAAGGAGGUGUUCGCUGGCAAAAUCGUGCCUAAGUCGUUGCUGCUCAAGCCUCACCAGAAGGAGAAGAUGUCCAUGGAGAUAUCCAUUCACCGCAGUCUCGCCCACCAGCACAUCGUAGGCUUCCACGGCUUUUUCGAGGACAACGACUUCGUGUUCGUGGUGUUGGAGCUCUGCCGCCGGAGAUCUCUCCUGGAGUUGCACAAGCGGAGGAAAGCACUGACGGAGCCCGAAGCCCGCUACUAUCUUCGGCAGAUCGUCCUUGGCUGCCAGUACCUGCACCGAAACCGGGUCAUUCACCGGGACCUCAAGCUGGGCAACCUUUUCCUGAACGAGGAUCUGGAGGUGAAAAUAGGGGAUUUUGGACUGGCAACCAAGGUCGAAUAUGACGGGGAACGCAAGAAGACCCUGUGUGGGACUCCUAAUUACAUAGCUCCUGAGGUGCUGAGCAAGAAAGGGCACAGUUUCGAGGUGGACGUGUGGUCCAUUGGGUGCAUCAUGUAUACCUUGCUAGUGGGCAAACCACCUUUUGAGACAUCCUGCCUAAAAGAGACUUACCUCCGGAUCAAGAAAAAUGACUACAGUAUUCCCAAGCACAUCAACCCUGUGGCCGCCUCCCUCAUCCAGAAGAUGCUUCAGACAGAUCCUACUGCCCGCCCAACCAUUCACGAGCUGCUCAAUGACGAGUUUUUUACUUCUGGCUAUAUCCCCGCCCGGCUCCCCAUCACCUGCCUCACCAUUGCACCACGGUUUUCAAUUGCUCCCAGCAGUCUGGACUCCAGCAACCGGAAGCCUCUCACAGUCCUCAAUAAAGGCAUGGAGAACCCCACGCCCGAGCGGCCCCGGGAGAAAGAGGAACCAGUGGUCCGGGAGACCAGUGAGGCAGUUGACGGCCACCUAGGCGACAUGCUGCAACAGCUGCACAGUGUCAAUGCCUCCAAGCCCUCAGAGCGGGGGCUGGUGAGACAAGAGGAGGCUGAGGAUCCCGCCUGCAUCCCCAUCUUCUGGGUCAGCAAAUGGGUGGACUAUUCAGACAAGUACGGCCUUGGGUACCAGCUGUGCGACAACAGUGUGGGGGUGCUCUUCAACGACUCGACACGCCUGAUCCUUUACAAUGACGGCGACAGCCUGCAGUACAUAGAGCGUGAUGGCACAGAGUCCUACCUCACUGUGAGCUCCCAUCCCAACUCCCUGAUGAAGAAGAUCACCCUCCUGAAGUACUUCCGGAACUACAUGAGUGAACACUUGCUGAAGGCAGGCGCCAACAUCACGCCUCGGGAAGGCGAUGAGCUCGCCCGGCUACCCUACCUGCGCACCUGGUUUCGCACCCGCAGCGCCAUCAUCCUGCACCUCAGCAACGGCUCUGUGCAGAUCAACUUCUUCCAGGACCAUACCAAACUCAUCCUGUGCCCGCUGAUGGCAGCCGUGACCUACAUUGAUGAGAAGCGGGACUUCCGCACGUACCGCCUGAGCCUGCUGGAGGAGUAUGGCUGCUCCAAGGAGCUGGCCAGCCGGCUGCGCUAUGCCCGCACCAUGGUGGACAAGCUGCUGAGCUCCCGCUCGGCCACCAACCGUCUCAAGGCCUCCUCGUAGGCCUUCCUCCCCUCCGGACUGGUGCCCCUCCCACCCCCACCAGCACCUCGGCCCGUACUGGUUAGCUCCCACGGUGCUGUUUUCUAGAAUGUGGCCCCUGGCCCUGGGGGCUGGGAAGAGCUACAUUAUCCUUGCUGGUGGGUGUCUCCGUGUAAGUUAUUUUUGUACAUGUUCCGGUGUGGGUUCUAUGGCCUCUUUCCCUUCCCUCUCAACCCCGCCAUGUGAAUUGUACAGAAUAUUGCUCUUGAAUCCGGGACUGUCCUUUCCUUGCCUUUAUAUACAUUAAACACGUGAAUCUUC